AUGAAAUUUCAAUUACUCAAGCUCUUGGCCACUUUGGCAUUCAUAUGCCAGGCUUCGUCUAUGUCAAACAACUUGACCGACGCUGUGACAUGGGACGAGUACAGUCUACUUGUAAACGGCGAGAGAGUUUAUAUAAAUGCUGCCGAGUUCCAUUAUCAGAGAUUGCCCGUUCCCGAGAUGUGGCUGGAUAUCUUGCAAAAAUUCAAGGCAAAUGGGUUCAACGCAGUCAGCAUCUAUUUCUUCUGGAGUUAUCAUUCGGCGUCCAAGGAUGCCUACGACUUUGAAACGGGAGCACAUAAUUUGCAGCGACUUUUCGAUAUUGUUAAAGAGGCAGGCCUAUGGGUCAUUGCUCGCCCUGGCCCCUACGUCAACGCACGAACUAAUGCGGGUGGCUUUGCUCUGUGGGGCUCUGAUGGCUCUAUGGGCAAGCUGCGAACUUCAGACGACGCCUACUAUCAAGCAUGGCUUCCAUAUAUGACGAAGAUCGGACGAAUUAUUGCGGCUAAUCAGAUCACAAAAGGCGGGCCUGUCAUCCUUUGCCAGGUCGAAAAUGAGCUACAAGAGACCAGCCACAACCCUAACAACACCCUAGUCGUCUACAUGCAACAACUAGAGGCUGCACUCAAGAAUGCGGGAGUAACAGUUCCCACGACUCACAACGAAAAGGGUAUGAGCUCGCAGUCCUGGUCAAGAGAUUACGAAAAUGUUGGAGGCGCAGUGGACAUUUACGGCCUGGACAGCUAUCCGGGAGGCUUCCUCUCUGGUAACAACUGUGAUGGUGCUACUGGAUUUAACUGUCGGAGUGAACACAGCACUAACUUUGUGGAUAUAUACUACAAGAACAAUAUAGGUCAACGCGUGACGCUACAGGGUAUUUAUGAAGGCUACGGGGGCACCAAUUGGGGUCACUCCGCUUGUCCGGUCGCAUACUCGAGCAAUGAUUACAUGACUCCACUUCGAGAAACUCGUGAGCAAUGGGCUAAGCUUUGGCAAACGAAGCUCGUGCAGCUCUUCUCAGGAUCCGCUCCUGAUUUGCUCAAGACUUACAUGCUUGGAAACGGGUCGGGCUAUAGUCUUUCGUCAACCAAUGCUUUUAGCUGGGUCCUGAAGAACCCAGAUACCGGGGCGACAUUUACCGUGCUGCAGCAGGAGAACACUGCAUCUACUUCGAUCAUCACAUUUUCAGCGUACUUGAACACCAGCCUUAGUAACAUCACUGUCCCAGGUGUUCAACUUGCUGGACGACAGAGUAAGAUUCUGGUUACUGACUACAAGUUCGGUAAUCAGACCCUUCUCUAUUCAUCCGCGAACGUGCUUACGAAUGGUGUGUUCCCCGGCCAUGACAUACUGGCCCUGUAUCUGUGGGAAGGCCAGACUGGUGAAUUUGCUCUGAAAACAUCAAAAAAUAUGCCGUUUGAGGUAUAUGGCACGUCUGUCGUAAACUCCACACUCGAUUCCGGCUAUCAAAGCAUCAAGUACACGCAGGCUGCUGGCUCCACGAUCAUUAAAUUUAUAAAUGGGACCACUGUACUACUGCUUGAUCAACCCACAGCCUGGUACUUCUGGGCUCCUUCAACGUCGACAUACCCAUCUCCAAGGCCGGAUCAGAAGAUCUUCAUUCUUGGCCCAUAUCUUGUCCGUUCUGCUUCUAUUGCCCAUCAAGUUCUUCAAGCAUCUGGAGACAAUAAUGGAACUACGACCUUGGAGGGUUUUGUCGGAGACGCACCUAUCAAGACAAUUGAGUGGAACGGCCAGCGAUUUGCGGCAACAAAGACACCUUAUGGCUCUUACACGGCCCGGAUUCCCGGCACAGAACACAGAUCAGUAUCACUUCCAUCAUUGAACAAAUGGCGCUCUGCAGACUCCCUUCCCGAGGCUCAGCCUGGCUAUGAUGAUUCAAGAUGGAUUGUUGCCAACAAGAAUAGCACGCUCAGCCCAUAUGCUCCUCUUACCUUGCCAGUCCUCUUUAGCUCUGACUACGGUUAUUAUACCGGAGCGAAGAUCUACCGUGGCUAUUUUGACGGCAAAAAUCAUACUGCUGUCAACUUUACUGCCUCGGGUGGCCUUGCCUUCGGGUGGAAUGCGUGGCUCAACGGAAAUCUCAUUGGCGGCCAUCCAGGAGACCCCGAUCUGACAACUACCACAAUGACCCUGGAGCUUCCCACUUCCCUCCUGAAGCCGAACCGAAAUGUUGUUACUGUCUUAGUGGAUUAUCAUGGCCAUGACGAGACCUCAACCGGAAAAGGCGUCGAGAAUCCAAGAGGAAUCCUUGGUGCAUAUCUCCUCCCUGAUGGUACGCAGACGGCAACAGGAUUCAACUUGUGGAAAAUCCAAGGUAAUGCUGGCGGCUCAAAAAACAUCGACCCAGUUCGUGGGCCAAUGAACGAGGGUGGACUUUAUGCCGAGUGGCUAGGCUGGUUCCUUCCAGGCUUUGAUGGAUCGGGCAAGGAGUUUACCACUUCCAGUCCGUUGGAUGGCAUGUCAAAGUCAGGUGUACGUUUCUACACUACCAAUUUCCACCUCAAUGUUGACAAAGAUUUGGAUGCCCCCAUUGGAAUCUCCUUAUCUUCGUCAAAUGGUACGAUAGCACGUGUGAUGCUUUGGGUUAAUGGGUAUCAAUAUGGGAAAUAUGUACCUCACAUUGGUCCCCAAACGAAGUUCCCUAUUCCCCCAGGCAUAAUAAACAAUCGUGGCCAGAACACGCUAGCUCUGAGCUUGUGGGCGCAAACCGAUGAAGGGGCGAAGCUUGACAGCAUUGAGUUGUUUACGUACGGGCUGUAUCAAACAGACUUUGACUUCAACCGUGACUGGAGUUAUCUGCAGCCUGAGUGGAAGGACAGAAGCAGAUAUAAGUGA